AUUCACAUGAGCCAGAUCUCGCCACAUCACCAAAACCGGCGAAUAGAAGGUUCACGUGUUUUCACUUUUCAACUACGAGCAGCAGAGGACAUGUCAUAUACACAAUACAGAGAUUUAUUUUCUUACAUAUUUGUUGCUUGAGGCUAGGAUUGUAAUCAGCUUUCGUUAUUUCAAUUUCAUCCACGUGACAAAGUGACUUCCUUUUACAACGCGACUGUCCACGAGUCAAAACAACAUGAGCAAUUCACAAACAGCUGUUCACCGUGGGAUCGUAAAACAGGUCUUGUCCGGAGAUGCAGUGGUCAUCAGGGGUCAACCCAAGGGAGGCCCACCCCCAGAGAAAACAAUAUGCUUCUCCAACAUCACCGCCCCUCGCAUGGCUAGACGACCCAAUCCAGCACAGGACAGCGUAGAGACAAAGGAUGAGCCCUUUGCAUGGGAAGCCAGAGAGUACCUGAGGAAGAAGUUGAUUGGGAAAGAAGUGGCUUUUGUCAUAGAGUACACUGUACCAGGGACCGGGAGGGAAUAUGGCUGUGUUUAUCUCGGAAAAG